UAUAUCUAUCAUCUCUCUCAACCAAAGGAGUCACCUUUUGUGUUAGCAUUUUGUGUCGUGGUGCUGUCUGCACACGAACCCGUUUUUUACAGUUCCGGUGGUUUUCCGUUUACCGGUUUUAAGGUUAUCAGUAUGGUGAGGAAGAGAAGGACUGAACUCCCUUCCAGUGGGAGUGAGAGCUCCGAGUCCCAGGAAACGAGUGCUGGUGGUGGUCGUGGUUCCCAGCGGCCAACUGAAAGGAGUGCUCCACCACAGCAGGGUGGAGGUGGAGGAUAUCAAGGUGGUGGAAGAGGUUGGGGUCCUCAAUCUCAGCAAGGAGGUCGUGGAGGUGGUGGUGGAGGUCGUGGAGGUGGUGGCCGUGGUCGUGGGCCCGCACAACAGCAACAAUAUGGUGGACCCCCUGAACAACAAGGCAGGGGAAGGGGAGGACAAACCCAGCAAGGAGGUCGUGGUGGGUAUGGUGGUGGUCGUGGCAUGGGUGGUAGUGGCCGAGGAGGAGGAGGACCUUCUGGUGGGCCAUCCAGAUCAUCACAAUUUCCCGAGCUGCAUCAAGCUACCCCGGCUUCUUAUAUGCCUGGGGUCACCCCUCAGCCCAUGCUGUCUGAGGCAAGUUCUUCAUCUCGGUCAUUUGAGCCGACACAAGUCACUCAGCAGUUUCAGCAGUUAACUAUCCAGCAGGAAGCUUCUGCUAGUCAAGCAAUUCAAGCUGUGCCAUCGCCAGCCUCAAGUAAAUCUGUAAGAUUCCCACUUAGGCCUGGCAGGGGAAGUACUGGCAUUAGGUGUAUUGUCAAGGCUAAUCACUUUUUUGCCGAACUACCAGAUAAGGAUUUACACCAAUAUGAUGUUACCAUUACACCAGAGGUCACUUCUCGGGGAGUAAACCGUGCUGUGAUGGAGCAGCUGGUUAAAUUAUAUAGAGAAUCCCAUCUUGGAAAGCGUCUUCCUGCAUAUGAUGGACGGAAAAGUCUAUAUACUGCAGGGCCACUUCCAUUUAUAUCAAAGGAGUUUAGGAUCACUCUACUUGAUGAAGAUGAUGGACAAGGCGGGCAAAGGAGAGAGAGGGAAUUUAGAGUUGUGAUCAAAUUGGCUGCUCGUGCUGACCUACAUCAUUUAGGACUCUUCUUGCAGGGGAGGCAAGCUGAUGCUCCUCAGGAAGCCCUGCAGGUUCUUGACAUUGUUCUGCGUGAAUUGCCUACUACUCGGUACUGUCCUGUGGGCCGGUCAUUUUAUUCACCUGAUCUAGGGCGAAGGCAGCCCUUGGGAGAGGGAUUGGAAAGCUGGCGUGGUUUCUACCAAAGUAUUCGUCCAACUCAGAUGGGACUGUCACUAAAUAUUGAUAUGUCCUCCACUGCUUUCAUUGAGCCAUUGCCAGUGAUCGAAUUUGUUCAACAGCUUCUGAAUCGAGAUGUUUCUGCUAGACCAUUGUCUGAUGCUGAUCGUGUGAAGAUCAAGAAGGCUCUUAGGGGAGUUAGGGUUGAAGUUACACAUCGGGGAAAUAUGCGCAGGAAGUAUCGUAUAUCUGGUUUGACAUCGCAAGCAACAGGAGAGUUGACUUUUCCAGUUGAUGACAGUGGCACCUUGAAAUCUGUUGUUGAAUACUUUUAUGAAACUUAUGGUUUCAUAAUUCAACAUACUCAGUGGCCCUGCCUACAAGUGGGAAAUCAGCAGAGACCUAAUUAUUUGCCUAUGGAGGUUUGCAAGAUUGUUGAGGGUCAGAGGUACUCGAAAAGGUUAAAUGAGAGGCAGAUUACUGCUUUGCUAAAGGUGACAUGUCAGCGUCCUAGUGAUAGGGAGCGUGAUAUUUUGGAGACUGUGAGGCACAAUGCGUAUCAUGAAGAUCCUUAUGCAAGGGAGUUUGGAAUUAAAAUUAGUGAGAAGCUUGCAUCAGUUGAAGCUCGUAUUCUGCCAGCACCGUGGCUGAAAUAUCAUGAUACUGGUAGAGAAAAGGAUUGCCUGCCUCAGGUUGGACAAUGGAACAUGAUGAAUAAGAAAAUGGUCAAUGGAGGAACAGUGAACCACUGGCUUUGCAUAAAUUUUUCUCGCUCUGUUCAAGAUCAAGUAGCCCGUGGCUUUUGUUAUGAGCUUGCCCAGAUGUGUUACAUUUCUGGCAUGGCAUUCGAACCUGAACCAGUACUUCCAGUGAUUACUGCUCGUCCUGAGCAGGUGGAGAGGGUCUUGAAAACUCGGUACCAUGAUGCCAUGACCAAACUGGGUCCCGGAAAGGAGCUUGACCUACUAAUUGUCAUUCUGCCUGAUAAUAACGGCUCUCUUUAUGGUGAUUUGAAGCGUAUUUGUGAGACAGAUCUCGGUCUUGUUUCCCAGUGCUGUUUGACUAAGCACGUUUUCAGGAUGAGUAAACAGUAUUUAGCUAAUGUGGCGUUGAAGAUAAAUGUGAAGGUUGGUGGGAGGAAUACGGUGCUUGUUGAUGCAAUAUCUAGGCGCAUACCUCUAGUCAGUGACCGACCUACUAUAAUUUUUGGAGCUGAUGUUACCCAUCCUCACCCUGGAGAGGAUUCCAGCCCAUCUAUUGCAGCCGUUGUGGCUUCUCAAGAUUGGCCGGAGGUCACAAAGUAUGCUGGAUUGGUUUGUGCUCAAGCUCAUCGCCAGGAGCUCAUCCAAGAUUUAUAUAAGACAUGGCAGGAUCCUGUAAGAGGGACAGUGUCCGGUGGCAUGAUCAAGGAACUUCUUAUUUCUUUCCGUAGAGCAACUGGGCAGAAGCCACAGCGCAUAAUCUUUUACAGGGAUGGUGUCAGUGAAGGGCAGUUCUAUCAAGUAUUGCUCUAUGAACUAGAUGCUAUUCGUAAGGCAUGUGCUUCCUUGGAACCAAACUAUCAGCCUCCUGUGACUUUAGUUGUGGUUCAGAAACGUCACCACACAAGGUUGUUUGCCAAUAACCAUCAUGACCGGAAUGCAGUUGACAAGAGUGGGAAUAUAUUGCCUGGUACUGUUGUGGACUCCAAAAUUUGUCAUCCAACUGAAUUCGACUUUUACCUCUGUAGCCAUGCUGGAAUACAGGGUACAAGCCGUCCAGCUCAUUACCAUGUACUGUGGGAUGAGAACAAAUUUUCUGCUGAUGGACUACAGUCCCUCACAAACAACCUUUGCUACACAUAUGCAAGGUGCACACGAUCUGUUUCCAUUGUUCCACCGGCAUACUAUGCCCAUCUUGCUGCAUUCCGAGCUCGUUUCUACAUGGAACCAGAGACAUCAGAUAGCGGUUCAAUGACAAGUGGCACUGCUGCCGGACGCGGAGGCAUGGGUGGAGGGGCAGCUGCCAGGAGCACUCGAGGACCCGGUCUUAGUGCUGCUGUUAGACCGCUUCCUGCCCUGAAGGAGAAUGUCAAGAGGGUUAUGUUCUACUGUUAGGCCUUUUUAAAAACCUUAAAAAAUAAGUAGACAUCUGCUAUGUUCCGUGGCUGUGAGAGCCGUUUGGAAACUGGUUCUGAAACUCUACUGUUUUGCUUUGUAGCUGUCUGACAUUUGCUACUGGUGUGCCAAAAUGUCCCUAAAUAUUUAACUUCUGGAUACAUUUCCCAUCUGGGUUCCGUAGAAAAACAAAUGCAAGGUUUGGGGCAUUUUUAAAAAUCA